GUGGGAUCUCGUGUGUGAAAACAAGUGGGUGACGAAGACCAUUACGUCAAUCCAGAUGGCGGGAAUUCUGGUGGGCGUCGUCAUCACGGGUCAGAUGUCAGACUCGUUCGGACGUAAGAAGAUCUUCUUCUCGGGGGUCCUCGCGAAUUCGAUCUGCAACUUAAUUUGUCCGUUUUCCGUUUCCUGGGAGAUGUUUGCGGUACUACUGUGUCUCUUGGGUAUAAACGCUGGUUUUUAUGCCAGAGAGUAUGCGCUGGUUAGUGGUACACGACAGGGUGGAUGAGGCGGAGAAGUGGGAAACACUAUCGCCAGGUACAACCGAGUGAAAACGCCUCACGAUGUACGCAAACGUCUCCAGGCGGUGGCUGAUGAGGAGAAAAGUGGGCAGCAAAAGGCCAAGAAUUAUUCCUACAUCGACGUGUUCCGCGGGAAAACCAUGAUCAAAACGACCAUCUGUUCAAGCUUUGUCUGGUGUAGCUGUUCUAUCGUAUUCUACGGCAUGACGUUCGGGGCUCACGGACUCACCGGAAACCUCUACUUGAAUAUCUUCAUCCUCACCAUUUGCGAUUUACCAAUUCGUGCGUUCAUAUUUUGGUUUCUUAGAAGAUUUGGUCGGAAGUGGAGUAGUAUCGCUUUCCUCUUUUUUGGUGGUUUGUGCUUAGUCGCUACUGUAAUUAUCAAAAAUACUGCUGACGCACAAUACAAAGACCAUCUCAUUAGAACCAUGGCCGUUUUAGCCAAAGCGGCGAUUGGUGGCGCCUGGACAACCAUGUAUAUAUACACCAACGAACUGUACCCGACAGUCGUCAGGACAAUUGGUGUUGGUGUGAGUCAAAUCUUUUCACGGGUAGGAGGUAUCAUGGCACCAUUGGUUCUGUUGAUGGGCGAAGAUAACAUCGUCGUCCCCUUCGUGACAAUGGGAUGUUUCAUCAUCAUCAGCGCCGCGUGUCUCUUCUUGUUGCCGGAGACCAAAGGGAGACCACUGGAGGACACAUUAAAAAAGAAAGCGAAAGUCGAGUUUGUGGAAAUCCCCAAGCAAGAGGAGGGCAGAACGUUCGAGGCUAACAUCCCCGAAACAGAAACAGUAGCAUUUUUGUAGGGGAGCAGGCUGAUUUUUGCCAGAAUUAAACAAACGUGCCCGAA